AUGUUUGCCGCCCGACAGGUUACCCGCACCGCCCCGCGCUUCGCUGCGCAGCUGCGCACUCCCAUGCAGCGCCGCUUUGCCAGCACCGCCGAGAACGAGUUCAUCGCUGAGCGCCAGCACAUCAAGGAACACGCCAAGGGCACCACUGACCUCUGGAAGAAGAUUUCUCUCUACGCCGUCGUUCCUGCGCUGGCUGUCGCCGGUGCCAAUGCCUACUGGCUGUGGACUGAGCACUGGGAGCACUGGAGCCAUCUCCCUCCUCUGCCAGAGCGCACCGAGUACCCUUACCAGAACAUCCGCACCAAGAACUACCAGUGGGGUGAUGGUGACAAGACUAUCUUCUGGAACGAGAACGUCAACUACCACAACAAGGACAAGACCAAAUAA